AAUAUAAAGUCUCCAUCUCAGGAACCAGGGUACAGCUGAUAUGCCCUCUGGAAAGUGAAUCCGUACAUUGGGAAAAAGAUGGCAUAGAAUUGUCUGGUGUGCAUGACCGCACCCUAAUUCAAGACCAUUUUUCCGAAGUCGAGAACAGUGGUUAUUAUGCCUGCUAUGAGCCUGGCAAAGAGAAGAACAAGUAUCUCUACCUGAAAGCUAGAGUGUGUAAGAACUGCGUGGAGGUGGACCUGACAACUGUGGCCAUCAUCAUCAUCACUGACAUUCUCAUCACUCUUGGCUUGCUGAUGAUGGUUUAUUACUGGAGCAAGAAGAGAAAGGCCAGCACCAAGCCUGUGACCCGAGGAACCGGUACUGGGGGCAGGCCCAGAGGACAAAACAAGGAGCGGCCACCACCUGUGCCCAACCCAGACUAUGAGGUAACCGGGGAUCAAGUGGGCAGGAAGUUGGAGGAAGAGAAUGG